AUGUCGCACCAACAAUUUCUGGGUAGUAUAGAUUUGGGUAUCACUACUUCUUUAUUAUCAAAUUAUGAUACAUCAACAACAGUUGAAGAUGUCGUUCCAAAUACAAAACCAUUGGGCUUCAAUGCUCAAGGUAAUUGGGAAAUGAGUAGUGUUAAUAUAGUGAUGAGAUUGAAUAAGUACAAUGAAGGUGAAUACUUUGCACCUCAUAAAGAUGCUCAAUAA